AUGCCGGGCCUCAGCCGAGACGUGAUCACGCACAAGUUGGCUGUCGACCCCGCGGUCAAGCCAGUCCAGCAGCGCAAAAGGUACCUCUCCGCCGAGAGGAGGGAGUUCGUCAAAAAUGAGGUCGACACCCUGCUGGAGAUCGGUCAUGUCAGGGAGGUCAUAUACCCCACCUGGCUAGCCAACGUGGUCCUCGCCCCAAAGCCACCCACCUGGAGGAUGUGCGUGGACUACACCGACCUCAACAAGGCCUGCCCCAUGGACCCCUUUCCUCUCCCCAACAUUGACCAGCUGGUGGACGAGACCGCAGGUUGUGCCCUCAUGAGCUUCCAAGAUGCGUUCAGGGGGUACCACCAGAUUUUCAUGGAGGAGGCCGACGAGGAGAAGACAGUCUUCACCACACCAGAGGGGGUCUAUUGCUACAAGGUCAUGGCCUUCGGCCUGAAAAACUCAGGUGCCACCUACACCCGAAUGGUGGCCAAGCUGUUCAAGCAGGUCCUCGGUCGCAACCUGCAAGCCUACGUCGACGACAUGAUCGUUAAGAGCACCGAAACCGACCUCCACACGGAUGACAUUACCGAUGUAUUUUCAAUUAUGUAG